AUGGCUACCACAAGGACGCCGCUUCGCUCAUUAUUGAGAGCGCCUCGGAUAUUAAGCUCGAGGCGCGUGUGGACCUGCACAGCAUCCAGGCAUGGAUGGGCAACUCCUCGGCGUGGGCUGGCAACUGCGCAAAGACCCAACAAGCCUUACUAUAUAACGACUCCAAUUUUCUAUGUCAACGCCGCCCCUCAUGUCGGUCACUUAUACACAAUGGUCAUUGCGGAUAUUAUGAAACGCUGGCAAGUCUUGCUUGGAAAUGAAGAUGCUCAACUAUUGACCGGAACCGAUGAGCAUGGGAUGAAGAUCCAACAAGCUGCCUUGAAAGCAGGCAUGGAUACACAGGCGUUUUGCGACAUGAACUGUCAAACCUUCAAGGACCUCGCUGAGGCAGCGAACCUCGAUAACGACCAUUUUAUUCGUACCACUGAUGCAGCACAUCGAGAUGCUGUCCAGUAUUUCUGGGAAAUGUUGCAACAUCGAGGGUACAUCUACACUUCCAAGCACGAAGGCUGGUACUCCGUCAGCGAUGAGACUUUCUAUCCUCAAACACAAGUGCAGAAUUCCCUCGACCCAACAACCGGGAGGAAGCGAAUGGUUUCAAUUGAGACGGGCAAGGAAGUAGAAUGGUCCUCAGAAACCAACUACCACUUCCGCCUCUCGGCUUUCAAGGAUCGUCUGCUUGAGUUGUACAAAAGAGAAGACCCGUUCAUCUCUCCUUCAACGUACACACCUGCUUUGGUCAAUGCAGUCUCCUCGGGGUUACAGGACCUCUCCAUUUCUCGGCCCGUGGAACGUUUGACAUGGGGUAUCCCAGUUCCCGGCGAUGAUUCGCAGACGAUUUACGUGUGGUUGGAUGCGCUGGUCAACUACCUGACCAAAGCCGGGUAUCCUUUCCCGCCCGGCGAAGAAGGCAAGUCCAUUUGGCCUGCAGAUUUGCACGUAGUUGGAAAAGAUAUUGUUCGAUUCCACUGCGUUUAUUGGCCUGCAUUCCUCAUGGCGCUUGAUCUACCCCUGCCUCGGAACGUGCUAGUGCACGGACAUUGGACAAUGAAUCGCGAGAAGAUGUCCAAGUCCACUGGCAAUGUCGUGAACCCGUUCUUCGCCAUUGAACGGUUCGGAGUGGAUGGUAUGCGAUUUUUCCUAGCUUAUCGGGGCAGCCUAGCGGAUGAUGCGGAUUUCGAUAACUCUUUCAUCAUCCGGGAUUACAAGAAAUUACUCCAAGGUGGUAUCGGAAACCUUGCGCAGCGCACAAUUGGCUGUGCGCGUGGCAAUUUGCGCUCCCAUAUUAUCGACGCGGCGUCGGGCAAGCUUCCAGCUGCGACUCCUGAAGAUGUGGAACACCAGACGCUCCUACAACAGACACCUACCAAGGUAGCUUGGCAUAUGGAGAAGCUCAACCCGCGAGCCGCGUUACAGGAAACGAUGAUCAUUAUUGAGCAGACCAACAAAUACUUCCAUGCGGCGGAGCCGUGGAAAAACCCCAACCCUGAGCGAGUGCUUUACAACGUGGCCGAAUCGCUUCGCAUUGCAGGCAUUCUAUUACAACCGUUUAUGCCCGGCAAGUCUCAUGACCUUCUAGAAUUGCUCCGUGUAGACACCUCGGACCCCUCGAAGCGGGCAUUCGCGGCCACGGCAUACGGUUCGGAUGCAGAUUACGGUGAGGGCAUUAAGAAGGGUAUGCUGUUCCCUCCACUGCUCACGGAGGAGUAA